AGGCUUUCCUUUCUCUGGCUGCCCCAAGCUCUCAAAAACAGCAGAACAAGUGGUAGGAUCAUACUGGAGUGCAGACGGGAUGUGGAGGCUGCCAGAGAUGGGGAGAGAAUAAAGAACCGAGCAAGCAGUUGUGCUCUAGCUCCAGCAGAGGAUAGGAGCAGAGAAUCAUUAUAAUCUUUAAAAAGAACCAGUUCUUCCAAAGAAAUAUGAGAAGCAGCUGAAACCGACAAAAGAUCAUUGAAAGGAAGGAAAUGCAACAUGAGAGGUAAAGCUAAUGAAGGUUAAUUCAAGAACUUUGCUGGGAACUGUGACGAAUCACGAGCCCAGUGUAUUAUUUUCCUUAAACAAUAGCUACAGAUUCCUGUCAAAGGCUUCGGGGCAGACUUCAGAUAGGCACACCCUGAGUCGGUGAAUUCAGCUGUCAGGGAUGGAGGUGCUACGCCGUUCCUCGGUCUUUGCUGCGGAGGUGAUGGAGGUUUUUGAUCGGUCUCCCACCGACAAGGAGCUGGUGUCCCAGGCUAAGGUGCUCUGCAGAGACUACAUACAUUCCCGGCUGCUUUGGGCUGGCAUUGGCUGGAGCAAACCAGAGCACAGUGCACCCAUGCCUGGCGGCAGACUGGCUGAGGUGUCCAGCGUGCUUCUGCGACUAGGGGACGAGCUGGAAUACAUCCGACCAAAUGUUUACCGGAAUAUUGCCCGCCAGCUGAACAUCUCACUGCACUCUGAAACCGUGGUGACUGACGCCUUCUUGGCAGUAGCGGCCCAGAUCUUCACGGCAGGCAUAACAUGGGGCAAGGUCGUGUCUCUCUAUGCUGUGGCCGCUGGGCUGGCUGUGGACUGCGUCAGACAGGCCCAGCCAGCAAUGGUGCAUGCCAUUGUGGACUGCCUGGGAGAGUUUGUCCGCAAGACCUUGGUGACGUGGCUGAAGAGGCGAGGAGGCUGGGAAGACAUCACAAAAUGUGUGGUGAAUACUGAUCCCAGCCUUCGCUCCCAUUGGCUUGUGGCUGCCAUUUGUAGUUUUGGUCACUUCCUGAAGGCCAUCUUCUUUGUGCUGUUACCAGAGAGAUGAUUCCAGUCACCAAAUGCGGCCCCAAGCCCCAGCUCCUCCCCCACCCAGAAGCAACAGUAACCAUAGACCUGUUUGAUGCUGAAGAGGAGGAAAAUAAGAGAGGCUGGGACCAACAGAAACAUUUCUCUCCUCUUCCUUCAGCAGGGAGCAGCUACCCAACUGUAAACAUCCUUUCCUCUGUGACAGGAGGCUUCUCUCACACUCAGAGUAAUCCGUUGCAGCCCUUGUUCUCCUUGGUGACUUCUACAUGGCCAGGUCAAAGCCCAUCCCAGGGCAGACUGAUGGGCUAAUCUCUUACUUGUGUGUGGCAUGGAUAUUCAUACGUGUAUUUAUUUUCUGGUCAUGUCACACACUUGCACUUCUGUAUCAGGGAAACUGGGGGGACACGGAGCUUGUAUCAGAGGAAAAAAAUGUGUCCCUCACUUGAAAGAUGGAUUGUCCCUUUAAUUCCCAUAGUCCUCUUUGUUAGGAUCUUCUCAGUAUAUCAGUGGCUAACGCAGUCUUCACCUUUGUACCCAAGUCUGACCAUUGUGCCCUUGUGCAUGGUACAUUGUGGUUGUGGGAAUAUCUUUGUAGGCUGUGAAGUGGUGGAUUUUUGACUGAGCUGCCCUCUUCAGCUGAUGCCCCUGCUAAAGUAAUUUACAAACCAGUUGUGACUUUGGGAGUGUAAGGGCUACUAGAACAACUCAAUCUGGGGGAUACGGCAUGCUUUAACUGACCAACUUACUGUAUUGUAACAAAGAAUUGCAAAGGGGACAGCAGGGGCAGAGACUGUUUAGAAAUCAGUGUGAUUUACAAAGCUGAACAAAAUGAUAGGAGCAAAGCAUCACUUCUUACAUGACAGCUUUGUUUGAGCAUUAUAAUGAUGAAUUUUUUCUCUAGAAGGAGAUUCAGAUGGAGCCAAAAAACAAGAGCAUAUAAGUACAAUAUGGGGUGGGGGGAAUGUGGAGAAAAGUCAUUUGAGUAGCAUGUUGUGAAUGGGAAAAACUGUAUCAAGAGUGACAAAUAUUUCUCCUUUAGCAAAUUAUAAAGUCUGACUUGCAAUUUUAUCUUGUGAUAGACAAUAAAAAUAGAAGGAGUUUGGCUUCUAUGAACUAAUGUGGUGUUUUUAAAGCAAAUAUAAGAACAGUCUAAAGUGGUGCAGAGAGAGACAUACACUCAGGCCAGGUCACUGCUGGUGAAAAAGGGUAUUUAACAUGUUAAAACUACAAUUUGCCUUGUCUGCACUGGGAUUUUAUACAUUAGCUGGGUGAAGUAAAUGCAGAGCUCCCCUCUGUGGUUUACCACAGCCAGCUAAUCUGUUAAAACUACAGUUUGCCUGGUUCAACUCACAUUAGUUAACACAUCUUAAAAAAUAUCUGUCUCCAAAGGUGUAAUGUCUGAGUAGCCUCAGCUGAGAUGCACUGCCAACAGAUUAGUCCUGGGUCAAGAUCCUGACAGCUGCCUUGCUCCUAAGGCUAGAACUACUCAGAAAACCAGUUUCUCUGGAGAAGGAACAUGCAUGAAUAUUGGGGAGGUGGAUGUCUUUAUCCUAUAUUUAUAUGGGCAAAAUGGCAUUUUCCCUUCUGAAGGUGUGAAAACUCAUGGAGCUCUGGGCUUGAAGAAAGCAAACAGCAUUCUUCUGGCUGCCUCCACAUAAUAAAAGCAGUAACCCACAUCACACCUCUUCUACUGAAUCUGCAUGCAGCCGUAUGCCUUGUUUACACUGGAAAGGGUUUGCAGGUAGAACUAUACCAGAACCCCUCCCAGUGUAGACAUCGCACUCCAGCAAGAGUUCUUUUGCAACUACUCGUUAUACCAAUUCCCCCCAACAAGACAUGGACAAAAGGACUUUUUUUUGCUGAAAUCACAGCAUCUACACUAGGGUUAUUGCCAGCACAACUGUGUCAGUUAGGGAUGUGAUUAUUUUUUCACAUUCCUAACAGACAGCUAUGCCAGCAAAAAUUUUAAAUGUAGACCCGGCCUAGGAUUGUCAUAGAUUGAGCUAGCUAACAUUUAAAGGCUGGUCUAAAUGUUGUUUUUGUAUUGCUAGAACCGUCUAUUCAGAAGUAGAUCUAGUAAGGUACAAUGCCUUAGUGUGAAGACAGUUCUACUGGUAUAAAGUGCUUAUCAGUACAGUUUAUUCCCUUAAAUGUACAGUAAACUUUGGUUUCUAAACCAAGAGUUAGAAUGGUACAAAAUCUGUAGACCAGCUCCACGUCACUAGUAAUACCUAGAUUACCCACUAGGCUUUAAUUCAACUAAUUUAGCAUGUUGUAAAAUACAACCUGCCUUUUUUUGUCUUGACUAGCAUUUUAACUGAAUCCAGCACAGCUCCAUUAAAUCUUUGUCUAGAUUAGGAUUUAGAGGCUGCUUUGAAUUACAAUGCUGCAGGCUACAGAUGUGUUGUAAGUAAAGCACUAGCACAAAGGAAAAAUGCACUAAAUUAAGGCACUUGAUGAGUUAAAUGCACCAAUUAAGGCAGUAUAACAAAAAGAUAAGAAUAAUCAAACAAACUAGCAUUGCUCAAGAGGAAUAUGUGUGAGUGGGAGUGGGAGGUUAUAUGUACAGGCAGCUAGUGAUUAAAACAGGAAACCCUGCUGAUAGUGAAGUGAUAGAGAGGGGCAUUCUACCAAUCUUGUUUUGAGAAGAGCUCCAGAAAGGAUUUUUUUAAAAUCACCUGUAUCUAAAAUCUGCCUUCGUGAGUACAAUACAUCUUCUAUUAAAGUCCAUGGAGUCCCCCCUCCCCCCCCGGGACUACAGGCAGCACUUGCCCCUGGAAGGGGAGUUUUUUGACAGGGACAGACAUAAGAGGAGCAUCCUCACUGAAAAAUCUGUGAAAAUUCACUAUGGAGAGGAAAAUCUGGUUUUGCAGUUAAUAGGGAAUUUAUAAAGGUGUUUUCCCUGAACUCUAAUCCUUGAAGUAGUGGAUUGUGACUUUACGAUCACACUCUUCUCACAUUCCAUGGUCCCUGAACCAAGUGCAAUAGACCCUCCUGAAAGUGCCACUGUUCAUCUUUCACCUAACAUUUUAAGCUAGCAUCAUAAUACUUAUAGUCUACUUUGUGCAGCUGCUGCUAAGUUGGGAAUCUCUUAUCUGGAAAAACUAUGCACAAUAGGACUUGGUAGAGUUAUUUUAACCAACAGCUCUCAGGGAAUGGCAGAACAUGUUCCACAGCAGACUCUAUUCUCUCUUCCUUCUCUGGGACUGGAGGUUUUGGAGCAGUAAUAAUGCUUAUGCAGCUGCUCCUGAAGCCAAUACUCUGCAGCUCUUCAUACCCCAUGCAGUAAUGUAUGGACAAUAAUACUUGUUAGUGAAACAGAUGUUAUACCUGCAGUAGUGCACAAUAUGGCAGUUAUACUACAAUGCCCUGAUACAGCAAGAUGCUUAAAUCCUACACUGUUCAAAGAAUAAUAUUUAGGUACAGUGGGGUAUUCUUCCUUAUCUGGGGUGGGAAGAAGCUUACUCCUGGUUUUUUGGUUAAAAUUUGUGUAUGUGUUUUUAAGUGAUUGGUAAGGGUACCUAGAGUGUUGGGUAAUUUCUCUAAUUUAUUUAGCUUAAUAAAAAAAGGAGUAAGUUGUAUGUAUUAUUACUAUUAAUAAUUUGCUUUCCAUUGAAAACCUGAUACUGAUGAGUCAUCAUCCAACUUAUUUGUAAAUAAUAAUAAAAAAAUUCCACCGUA